AUGUCAAAACUACCACUUCGAAUAGCUGUAGCCGGAGCCAAUGGCUUCAUUGGAAAAUCGCACGUUCAGGAUAUCCUGAAUGAAGACGAUGCUGAACUAGCGGCACUCAUCGAUAACGACCCUUCUAUUGCUUCGACUGCAAAGCAACACGGGGUGGCGAGCUUCGCAGAUCUCCAAGAAUUUCUGAGUGCCUACAAAGCAGGUGACUUGAAAGCAAAUGCAAUCAUCCUUGCAACACCCACACAUACUCACAUACCUAUGGCGGAAUCCUUAGUGGGCAGUGGGCUCACAGUUCUGAUCGAGAAACCGCUUGCCCCAACUGGGGACGAAGGACGCAAAUUCCUCGAAAUUUGUAAAGCGGACACUAACGGUACUUACAUGGUGGGACAUCAUAGAAGGCAUAACUGCUAUGUCAGAGCCAUAAAAGACGUUCUCGACAAGAAUGAGCUUGGCCGUGUUGUGGCGGUCAAUGGAGUCUGGGCACAGCGUAAAUCAGAGCAAUACUUCAGUAUCCCAUGGCACCAGCAGGUGGGAUCUGGCGGAGUUCUGUUGACAAAUGCCAUUCAUGAGAUGGACAUGCUUCAAUAUUGGCUGGGUAAUAUUGAAGAGGUUCAUGCAAUCGAAGGACCGAAAGAGAGGCCAUUCCCUGUUGAUUCAACGGUUCAAGUAACGAUGAAGUUCGCAUCAUCGGUCAUUGGAUCAUUUUUGUUCACCGACGUUGCCAGUUCGCAUCUGUCAUGGGAAGCUGGUACUGGAGACGUUGGAGUUUUCCCAGCCACAGGUGAAGACUUCCUCACUAUUUUCGGAACCAAGGGCUCGAUUAGUGUACCAUCACUAACUCGUUAUCAUUACGGCACUCGGCCGGAUGCAGAGCAGAACUGGAAUUACUCGCUCGAGAAAGAUACGACACCCCAGGAAUGGGUGGACAACAAGACAUCGUUCUCACAUCAGCUCAAGCAUUUCAUCGCCACGGCUCGAGGAGAAGCUUCGCCUAAUUGCUCGAUAGAUGAUGGGUUGAGAGCGGUCUUUGUGAUCGAGGCAGUACAUGACAGCCUCAGGAAUGCACAAAGCUUGAACGCCUUUACCAAGCGCAAGCAUUUGAUAAUGAUUGCACAGUAUGCUGUGUUGACAGAAAUCUGGAACGAUCUUGAAAUGUUGAGGGUGUAG